AUGCCUGGUGCCGGUUCAAGAGGCAUUAGCCUCUUAGUAUGGAUUGUUGUCUUUACCGUUGUUGAUGCCUCGUUUUUAUGUCUGCGAGCUUGGUCAGCGAGGGUGAUGAGGAGAUCAUUCUAUUGGGAUGAUGGAAUGAUCAUCUUCGCCUUUGCCAACAUUGUUGCGCUAGAGGGCGUUGUCAUUUGGGCCAUUUACAAUGGCUUGGGCAAACACACCAAUGAGUUGACUCUGGACGAGUAUGCUGUUCAGUUCAAGCUCAUCCUCGCCAGUGGUGUUACAUGGCUCUUGGGAACCGUCUUCAUCAAGAUGGCCAUCCUGUGGCUGUACACCAGAAUCUUCUCCACGCAAAAGUUCAAGCGCUGGUCGCAUAUACUCAUGGGCGUGACGGGCGCCUACGGUGUCGCGUUUCUCAUUCUCUUCAUGAGUAGAUGCUCGCCAAUGUCUCAGCAGUGGGCACCGGUAGAAGGUGGCCACUGCCGUGAUAUCACCGUCGACCAGCUCGUCUCGGUGACGAUCAACAUCGUCGUCGACAUCGCUAUGACUGCGCUGCCGAUGCCGGCGCUUUGGGGUCUUCAGAUGCCCCUUAGGAACAAGAUCGCUGUCAGUGCCAUGUUUGGCAUGGGUUUUGCAACAAUCGCAAUCAUGAUUUGGCGUCUAGUCAACACGGUCACCACCAUCGGCGACCUCGACUUCGUCUACAACCUGCACGACAUCGGCCUCGUCAGUCUCCUCGAGCUCUGGAUCGGGAUCAUCAUCGCAUGUCUGCCGACCCUGGGUCCUCUCUUCAAGACCUAUGUCAAGCCGGCCGUCUCCAAAUUCGGCUCCAAGCUGACAAACCCGUCAACGGACAAGGGCGGCCAGAUCAACCUCAAGGACUUGACGAGCAGCAGCGGCGGCCACAGCAUCCGCCACCCCCGUCGAACGUACGACAAACUUGGCGACAAUACCUCCGUUGUGGACCUCGAGCGUGCCGAGCUGACGACAAAGUGUCAGUUCUCGCCAGGAGCCGAGGCCCCCAGAGGUAGCAGGCCCGUCAUCUAUGUUCAUCAGGACAUUGCGUCGCAGGAGACUUGGAAGCGAGGGGCGCAGGCUUGA